UCUGUACAGCAUACUACUGACCAAAUGCCAUGAUCCUAGCUCUUCAAGUAAUUCAGGAGUUGUUUGUAGCUCUUCAGGUAAUUCAGGAGUUGUUUGUAGCUCUUCAGGUAAUUCAGGAGUUGUUUGUAGCUCUUCAGGUAAUUCAGGAGUUGUUUGUAGCUCUUCAGGUAAUUCAGGAGUUGUUUGUAGCUCUUCAGGUAAUUCAGGAGUUGUUUGUAGCUCUUCAGGUAAUUCAGGAGUUGUUUGUAGCUCUUCAGGUAAUUCAGGAGUUGUUUGUAGCUCUUCAGGUAAUUCAGGAGUUGUUUGUAGCUCUUCAGGUAAUUCAGGAGUUGUUUGUAGCUCUUCAGGUAAUUCAGGAGUUGUUUGUAGCUCUUCAGGUAAUUCAGGAGUUGUUUGUAGACUUAAACACUGUUGACCCCAAUGACCUUUGUAGCAUAAAUUUGAACAAACUUGAUAUGACUUCACCAAAGCAUGACCCUCAGCUUCUAUUUUAAUCAGAAGUUGUUCAAAGGCAAAUUAAAGUUAAAGAAGCAUUAUUUCAUAGGCUCGCCAGAAUGGUCUGGUGACCCUAAUCAGCCAAUAUAAUUACCAAUUAGUGUUAGAGGCCCCAAAAAUCCUAAAAGGUCAUCCCAGGCAGUAUCUUCGUUUGUCAAUACACAUACCUAAUCAUAGGUGUGUUGACUGACUGCGUUAGUGCCUAUUUGAUGUGAUGUCAAGCUAGUGCUCAAACUACCUAUCACAAUGUAGUGGUUAUGGCUUUUCUUGUUGGGUUCACAUUAUCUGAUUAUGUCUCGGCAAAAUAUAAUUUUGAGCAUAUGGGCUACUACCGAACUGACCUCGGCCAAAGAGACGACCACUCGGAAGUUUAGUGGACUAGGGUCAAG